AUGGGGGACUUAAAAACUUUGGCAAAGGCAAGAAUGGAGCUUGAAGAAUUGUAUUCAGGAAUCCCUGAUGAUUCAGUCAACCUCACUUUUCAAGACCUAGCAAUGCAUGUAAAACAAAACACAAGUAGUACAUCAGAGAAGAUUAAUACCACCACCACCACCACCACCAAAAUGGAACCUCUUCGAGAAGCCCAAAACCCUAAACAAGUUUCAAACCUAAUCAAGUUGCCUAGCCUUGAUUUCAGCAGAGGUUUACAGGCUUCUAAAAAUCAUCACCAACCUCAUCAUCCUGAUCAUAUUGUUGAAGGGCACCCAUUUGAUCAGUCUCAUAAACAUUUCCUUCAUGAUGGUCAUCCUCCAUAUGGACAUGGAGAUCAAUAUCAUGAUCAAAGCCAUCUUGGUCAUGCAAAUAUGGGAAGAAAAAGUCCUCCAAAAUCAAGGUUUGCACCGGAGAGAAACAAGGAAUAUGAUGAUGUGAGUGUUCUGAGCAUGAAUUCUAUGUACCAAGAAAGAAGUGGACGACCUCGUCGCCCUGGAAUCCCUCACUCCAAUAUUUGUUUGUGGAAGAGUCUAUUGCAGGAAUUGUGUAAGCAUAGGAAUGGGAGAGAUGACAGAAGGAAGAAAAUGCAUCGAGUGUUUGGGGAAACGUUUCAGCCAAAGGCAGAGCUGAAGUGGGCUGAGAAGGGGCCAAGAAAGGCAGGAGAAAGAGCAUUUGGUCACAGCACCAUGACCUCAAGAUCAAGAAGUCCUAUAACUCCAAGGACACCAAGAACACCAAAUAAGGCAGCUGGUGCUGCUAGCAUGAAUCAAGACCUACCUUCUUUUGUUGCAAGCUCACCAUUUUCUCCUUAUAAUCCUUACACAUCCUAA